AUUCAGUGAGAACUAAUCCAAAAACUAAACCCAACUGGUUCCAACAACCUGAUUUUCGCCUAUGCUCGCCAAUGCUCACACCUAAAGAAAGCUGUUGGAGAUAAGGCAAUGGCGCAUAACCGUCCAGGGCAUACAGAACAAGGGCACAGGGUUUAAUAAAAAGAUGUCAGAAGGCGACACGAUGCGACUACGACAACCUCGACAACUCUCGCUUUUCUGUCUUCCGUGAGCCUGGGGAAUAAGGGAUAAUUCCUAGAGUUCAAUAUGGAGAAGCACGAAGAGAAGACGACAGCCAAUUCCGUUCAAGAAGCGAGACAGGAUGAUGAGGUUGACAAGGCAUAUGAGUUCGCCAGACAACACGCUGUCGGACCCCUGACAGAAGAAGAAAACAAGCGCGUCCUGCGCAAAAUCGAUCGUCACCUCCUACCAUUGAUGAUUAUCACGUAUACUCUCAAUUUUAUGGACAAAAAUGCGCUCUCUUAUUCUGCCAAUUUCGGUCUUCUCACAGACAAUCACCUGGUCGGAAAUCAGUACAGCUGGGCUUCCGGCUCUAUUUUCUACCUCGCCUAUAUGGUCUCACAACCUAUUGUUGCCCGCUUGAUCGUCCGCUUUCCCAUCGGUCGCUUCGUUGGUAUUGCGACUAUGCUCUGGGGAGCCGUGUUGAUGACUACAGCUGCAUCCCGGUCUUUCGCUAGCUUAAUGACUAUCCGGGCCAUACAAGGCUGUAUGGAAUCGUGCAUCAACCCGGCCUUUAUCGUCAUCUCAUCCCAGUGGUGGACGCGUGAGGAACAGCCGCUGCGCAUUUCGUACUGGUUUCUCGGUAACUCCAUCGGCCAGGUGUGCGGUGGCCUUCUUGGGUACGGCAUAGCUCAUAUCACCAGCCACAACGUUCCCAACUGGGCUUGGUUCUUCCUCAUUUUCGGAGCCUUCACCAUAUGCUACGGCGGCUUCUUGUUAUAUUACCUUCCCGACUCGCCGCUCAAUGCCCGUUGGCUUUCGGAACAGGACCGAGCCUUGGCCAUCGAGCGUGUUCGAAGCAAUCGUACAGGUGUUGAGAACCACGUGUGGAAGUGGUCUCAGUUCAAGGAAUGUGUGUUGGAUAUCCAGUGUUGGCUCCUCGUCGCUACCACUUUCCUCGAUGAUAUUCCUGCAGGUGGAGUCGGUUCUUUCGGCAGUAUCGUCGUUAAAGGAUUCGGAUACAGUGCGCUUUACUCGACUCUCCUCCUAGUACCUUUAGGUGUCAUUCAAGCUCUUUGUGUCCUUUUCGGUGGCUUUAUGACCAGUCGUUUUAAAAAUAUUCGCACAUGGCUAAUUGCUGGUUGUCAAGUUCCGGCUUUGAUUGGUGCCGUUUUACUUUACACUUUACCCCGAGAAAACAAGCGUGGACUGCUCGGCUCAUACUAUGUCGUCCAAACUCACGGCAUUGUAAGUACGCUCACCAUGUCGUUGGUCACAAGCAACUUCGCCGGAUACACGAAGAAAGCUACCGCAUCAUCUAUGAUGUAUGUCGCAUACUGUGUCGGACAGGUCGUUGCCCCUCAGCUGUUCCUCUCAGACGAGGCUCCAGCAUAUAAAACUGCUUUCCUCGCCGCUUUCAUCUGCUUCGCCCUAUGUAUCUUGUUCAGUAUUGUCCUGAGAUUCUAUCUCAUUUUGGAAAAUAAGAGACGCGACCGCCUAGCUUCCGCAGACGGGGAACUCAGCCACUCCGACGACGAAUUCCUCGAUCUUACCGAUAAGGAACAGAAACUCGUAUUCCGCUAUGUUCUUUAGGCGGAGCGAUAAUCACUAUAGAUGCAAUCUACGGACGGGAAGUCUGGGGAUGACUAAUAUUUACAUGUAUCUAUGUACCUAGAUAUGUAUGAAUGAUGGAAGGGAUAGGGCAGGAUUCACGGGUUAUGGAAAAUUUUAAGGGUUAUUUGUUUGUAAUUCAAAGAUAGGGGAUGUGCGACGAUUAGGUACCAUCUAGAUAUGCAAAUAUUCGUUAUCUCCGACGAACUCA